CCCAGCCCAUCCUGCGAUGCAACGCCGCUGUGCGCCCUGCAGUCUCACAGAGAAAACAAUAUUCCCACGCGUCAAGGACUAGCAGCUCGCUUAUCCACGGCUACAUAUGCUUUUCAUCGAAAACAGACCUACUGUCGAACAACUGCGGCAAGAUGUACCACUCUGACCACGGUGUUGACUUCCCCGACCUCUCCUUCCAAAUCCCUGGCAGCCUUGCAGAAAUAGGCCCAACAAACAGAGUGUGAACACAACCUUCAACACACCACACAUCUUCUUUUUCCUUCACCCACACAGGGCCUCCCUUUGCUCCAGUCCCACCCUCCCUCCUCCUGGACCAUGGACAGUCCUCCUAAGUUGUCAGGCGAGACCCUGAUCGUGCAUCAUAUUCCCCUGGUGCACUGUCAGGUGUCAGGAGGACGGCAGGCGGGCUGCGGUGGCUCGCUGAAGAGAAGCAACCCAUUUAGCCCACCGGAGAACCUGGGCUUGAGUCGCACCACUUCUCUUCCUGAGAGAGACGUUCUUCAGAGAGAGGCACUGCUCUACAGUAGCCUGAUCCAGACCUCCAGCGGGUCUUGUUCCUCCCACAAUGGAGGAAGCGAGAGGAAGGGUGGCGGGAGAGGAGGCAGCACAGCAAGUGAUGAUUCAUCGUUUACCUCGAGCAAUUCAGAGGACCAGCUGAUUGCAGCACACACAUUACCCAGAGCCAAACCGAGAAACAGGAAUCCAUUGCGUCAUAAUCCAUUCCUGCUGAAUACCGAAGAUGACGAGGAUGAAGAAGAGGAGGAGGAGGAGGAUGGUGACAACCUCAGUGGUUACCUUGAAGACUCCUCUUUUCACCUCCACAGUGACACAAACUCUGCCCUCAAUGACGGGAUGGCUUCUUUUCACUUACACAAACUUGGCUUUGCUUCUGAGCCCUUUCUUUUGCACAGCUCAGUGGGUGGAAGCAGUCCAGAGUCUCUGAGGGGUGUAGCCUCUGAUCUCUCCAACCACCUGGAGAUUUUAGGACUCGAUAGCCAGCGGCGCCACGGAAGCAGCGGUUCCAACAUGUCCAUGGAUUGCGGAGAGCAAGACUGGGGUGACGACGAAGAAGAUGAAGAUCAUCCUAUGAGGUGUGGGCGGGGCAGCAAGACCGGUUCGUACUCCUCCAGCUCCUCCACGCAGCACUGCUCGUGCUGUGCACUCUCCCAGAACUACCCUCAGCACUUCCCUGAAGCCUUCUUGGAGCCUUUCUCAGAGUGCCAGCAAGGCUACGGCAGCGACUCCUCUUGCAACAGCUCAGAUGGUGUGCUCGUAAACUUCAGCGCUAUCUACAACAAGAUGAACAACAGCAUCCCGGAGAAGCCACCGGUGUCUGGGCACACCAACCUCAACAGCUCCACUGACCACUCCUGCACCUCAUCUGUUUCUGAUCCAUCAGGAAACCAGCGAGACUCAACCAGAGGGGCUUUCUAUUUGGACCUUCACACCUCUCCCACUGAACCUCCCCUAUCACAGCAACAACCCUCCUGCCUUGGCAGCACCUUUCCUCUCAUCCGUGAACCUCACCUGUCCACCUCCUCCACCUGCUCCUGUGCAGUGGAGCACCAUGGGGCUCUUGACCUCGACGCCAACUGCAACUCCUAUCACCCUGCGCAUUCUGGGUCAACCGGAGACCUUGCGUCCUGUCUGCAGAGUGAGGCGCGCCUGGUUGUCGCCACACAGAACUACUACAAACUGGUCACCUGUGACCUUUCGUCCCAGUCCUCCCCGAGUCCCGCAGGCUCCUCGGUCAACAGCUGCUCCGAUGAGCACAGCAAGGGCAGCCCCACCCCAACACAGCCUAGCGAGUACUUCCUGUUCAGGCAGCGAGCUGAUGAGGAGGGAAUGUACGAAGAAGAUGAAGAUAGAGAGUCACCUAGGAGAGAUGAUGGUGAUGAUCAUGGAGAGGACGAGGAGGAGGAGGAGGAGAAGAAGAAGAAGAACAACAACCAGCAGGCAGCUGGUGGAGCUGAAGCUGCUCCUGCCGUGAUUGAAGGCCAGGUGUACGUCAACAUCUCCCCUCCUGUGGCUGGCCGGGGAGUUAUCGGAGGUGGAGCCUCUUCAGGAAGCCGUCCUCGUUCUCGCAGCUACGACCGCAACCUGGACAAGUCUCCAUCUCCUCGGCUCGGCUCUCUGGAGCGUAUGUUGAGCUGCCCCGUCCGGCUCAGCGAGGGCGCCGCACCAACCCCACCUCCUCCUCCAAGAGUCACGUCCUUCGCAGAGAUCGCGAGAAGCAAGCGGAGAAACGGCGGUACAGGGGGGUCGCCAUCGCUGAAGGCGGCUGCAGACCCUUUCUCCUCCACUUACUCCACCCACUCACUCUCCUCGGUGGAUUUCUCUCCGAUCCUGGAGCAGCGUGUGGAGGUUGACAGUCACAUCCUGUCACCUCUACCCUUUACCAGAUGUUACAGUCAGGGCAGCAUUGAGCGACACCUGGAGGGGGCGAGGGAGACCAGGGCCAGGGCCGAAGGUGGUCUCUCGAGUUCCUCAGACAGCAGCCCGGCGGUGGUUCGCUACAGAAAGGACCAGCGGCCCACCACCCUCCCCAUUCAGCCCUUCACCUUCCACCACCAGUUCGCCUCCAAACCCCCGCAGCCCAAGCCUCUGCUGCCCCUGCUCACAGGCUACGUCUCGGGGAUGCAGGCCCGCUCCAGCUCUGGUUCUGACUCUGGAGGUCCGGUGGGGGAGGACAGUGAAGAUCCAGCUGAAAAUGUGCACAGGUACCAGGGGACUCUGGCUGCAGCAGGCCCUCCUCCCGGCUCAGUUCGUCCUUCGCCUCUUGGGAGCUACUCUCCAGUUCGGCUGCAGGGGGCGCCCAGCUCUGGGAGCUGCUCCACCUGCACCCCAAGCCCUCAGCCACCACACAGCCUCUCCUGCCCGCUUUCAGCAGGCCUCGGCCCCCUGCACACCCCACCCACUGGGAAGCAGGGAGGGGGUUCAGUGCCCUUAUCGUCUACCCCUCCACCUCCAUCCCUGGGGGUGAAGAGAGGGACAGUGCCGCCAGUGCUGCCGGCGGUGCAGGGACACUGUUUCCAUCGUGGAGCUCUGGCCAGUUUACCAGCACUCCACAGUGACACACUGAGUCCGCUGGGCUGUCUGGACUCUGGAAAUCACAUGGAGGCAAGCAAAGGACCCGGAGCCAGGACACAUAAUGCACACCACCUCUCUCCCCAGGCUCUCAAAUGGAGGGAGUACCGUCGUCGAAACCCUCUGGGAGUGGAGAGGGUCUCGGCAUCAUGCCCCCACUCUGGUAACCUGGAACCCCGAAGGGGCGGGGGACCACGACCUGCAAGACGGAACGUGUUCGAUUUCCCUUCAGCCCUCUCUGGCCACACGCUGGGACGGUUAAAUGCAGUGGGCCAGUCAGCUAAGCUGCAGCACAGCUACAGCGACUUCCUGCCAGACUACUUCUCCCUGACAGAGAAGCCUCCCGAGGAGUUCUGCCUCUCCCCCGACGCUUCAACUUCCUCAUCCUCAUGCUCUUCCACACAGUCCCACAUCUCUGUGGACCUGACACAGAAGAGAGGUUUGGUGAAAGCCGUGAACACAGCAGUGGAUCUGAUUGUCGCACACUUCGGCACCAGUCGAGACCCAGAUGUAAAGGCUAAGCUGGGGAACAGCUGGGUGAGUCCCAAUGUGGGUCACCUCAUUCUGAAGUACCUGUGUCCGGCCCUGCAUGAGGUGCUGCAGGACGGUCUGAAGGCCUACGUACUGGACCUGAUCAUCGGACAGCGGCGUUGUCAGCCCUGGAGCCUGGUGGAGGCCUCCACGCAGCUGGGUCCGUCCACACGUGUCCUCCACAGCCUGUUCUCAAAGGUGAGCCAGUACUCCGAGCUCACAAGCCACAGAAUGAGACUCAACGCCUUCAUCUUCGGCCUGCUCAACCUAAAAUCUUUGGAAUUCUGGUUCAAUCACCUCUACACACAUGAAGAUAUUAUAGCAGCACACUACAACCUGUGGGGUUUCCUUCCCCUGUCGCAGGGGGCAUGUCAGCCACUCUUUGAGGAGCUCCUCCUCCUGCUGCAGCCGCUGUCGCUCCUCCCCUUCGACCUGGACCUGCUUUUUGAACCGCAUCUCCUCCAAAAGGGCCAGGAGCAUCUCCGUCGCAAGGAGCAGCUGUGCUCUGCAGGCCAGAGUGUAAACCAGUCAACUCGAUCCACCUUCCAGCUCAUGAGAGGAUGGAGCACCACUGUGAGCGAAAUGGUCAGAGACUCAAGUGCAGAGGUGAAGAAAGAGAGGGCGGUGCUGAGACGAGAGGGAACAUGGCCGAGGAUGGAAGGGGUCGGGUCGAGGAGAGAGGGAGCAGGGGGGAAUUCAAGGUUAAAGAAAGAAGGGGCAACAGCUGAGAGCAUGACAUCCGGGCCUGUAAGUAGACCAGCAAUGACGGAAGUAGGGUUUGCCAAUCUCUGGAAGGAGAGGGGAAUGGGUGGUCAAAGAGUGAAAGGUGUAGGACAAGAGAGCCAAGGAGAAGGUGAAUAUGGACAAGAGAAGGACAGGGGGAAGGAAAAAGAAAAAGAUAUGGCAGACGAGGGGCGUCAGCGGCAAGAUAGACAGGCGGGUUGGUGGUACCAGCUCAUGCAGUCCUCCCAGGUAUACAUUGACCAAUCCACAGAGGGGUCAAAGUUUGUCAAGACUGAGAAGAGGAAGAAGUCAUCAGAGAGACGACAGGGCCAGCUACCGCCUACCAGGGAGGGAGUGGUGGAGGGGGCAGAGUCAGUCCAAGAAGCGGAGGGGCAUCGAAGCAGGAAAAGCAGCAGUAGCUCUAGUGCAGAGUCAGCUGGAUCCAGGGGAAGGCCUUCAUGGAUGGGCAGCCCGCCAGAUUCUGUUGUCAACCAGGAGAAGGAGCCCAAACCACUGAAGGUUACAGGGACUGGAGCCCAGGCUGCAGCCCAAGAGGAAAGCCCCUCUCAGGGACAGAGUCUGCGCUGGGGCAGGCUCUUUGGAUCUAGUGUUGGUACUCCUUCGAGGGUGGAGGGAGCUGAGCAGAGGGCUAAAACUCAAACGAUCAGGCCACCAUCAGGUUGGCUUUCUCUGGAUAGGUCUGUUCUUGACCUUGUAGCUCAGACUAUUGGAGCAGGGAGUGGGAAGAAGGCAGAGCCUCCAAUCACACCCACUCACACCCAAACAACACCUCCACUAAGGUCAACCCAACCAACUGAAGCCAAAACACAGUCUCCGUGUGAAGUACGAGCACUGUGCCAUCACAUAGCCACCGAGCCCGGCCAGCUGAGCUUCAACAAGGGCGAUAUCCUGCGGGUCCUGAGCAAGGCGGAUCCAGACUGGCUGUUCUGCUCACUGGGCUCCACGCAGGGCUUGGUUCCCAUCAUCUAUGUUACCCUCAAAAGCAUGGAGGACAGCCAGGAGGCCACUGGACUCGGGCGGCGCUGAGCCAACGCUGCCCCAAGAGGAAUUCAUGCAAGCUGUUGAAGGCAAAAUGCUUUGGAGACAGAGGUUAUUCCUGCCACAUACCUACCGAAAACAAAAACCUGUUGAUGGCUGCUGUUGGAGAUAACUGUACACUGGGGGUGAUUCCCGAAAAAAAAAAAAUAAAAACAUUGUAACAAAUACGAUCAUUAUGAAGAGGAUGUACAGACACUUGCAAGGGAAGCAUGCAGGCUCCAACACAAACUCACAUCCACUUUGAGGGUACAUCCAGACAAGUAUGCAUGCAUACAUCCAAAAACCAAAAGACCAGAUAAGAAACAAACCCAAAGACACUCCAACAAACCGCUUUUUUCUCUGCGUGCAGCUGUGCUACUAGCUUAAUUAUGACUGUCCAGUCGAUACAGUAUAUCAUCCACCUUUCCAUAAAACAAGGAGGGGUUACUCAUGGUUGGUAAACUUCCCAGUGUGAUUAUAUACCAUGCCUAGCUGCACUUUGCUGUACCGUCAGUACAUUCACCUAGCUGUGCCACACUUUUGAACACAGUGCUCAGUUAUUGCCCUCAGUCUAACGCUGGGUCGGUUUGAUGUCCUGUUGCUUAUUUGGUGCCGAUUUUAAUUAUACAUAGAAAUAGAAAACAGUGAAUCCUUGCUUUUUUUUUUGGUAAGAUUUAUAAGAAGUGGGUGGUGUAAAGGCAAAAAAAAAGAGUCAACUUAUUGAUCCAUGUCUGCUCCAGUGGCAGAGGUGUGAGUCAGCAUAUUGUUAUUAGAAGAGUAGAAAACACACACAGGAGUUUGGAUGACCCAGGUGAAAGAAAAGCAAAAGAGGAAUCUUUCCAUUCCCCGUCUUCUUAUUUGAUCACUCCUCGUCAAAGCCUCCCCUUUGCCUCACAAGACCCCACCACAGCUGGGAUGAAUCAAUGGUUAACAUUGUAUAAGUGCAUGCAACCCUGCAAACAUGUUCUUUUCCCCCCAACAAACCAGUUUCACAUGUGUUCCCGCCGAACCCUGCACCUCGGUUCCCUCCUUUAUCUGUCAUUAAAGGACACUUUCUUGAAGAAGACACAGGGGCUACAGUCUGAGCGGUGCAUUUUGAUCUAUUGGUAUGUACUGAAAAUGCAUAUAUGACUUACACAUGUGGUGAGUUCCAUUUAUUUAUUGACCAGUUCCGUUAUCUGGGGGAAGCAUCUAAAUGGACGGUUGCCAGAAAACGGGGAAGGAUGUCCAAUGAAAGCAAAGCUGUGGAGUGUGCGGAGGCCUUUUUUGAAUGUGUUGGGGAUCCAGCCUGGAAACUGUUAGCUGGCUAAAUUAUUGCUAAUUCUUAAUGUGUUGCAUUUAGAAAGGGGUAAAUGAUCUUAUCUAUGCCUUAAAGCGCCUGAAGGGGAAAAGGGAGAAUUGCCCUGUUGGACACUUCAAGGCUAGUGAAUAUUUGUCCUGGCAGUAUAUUUUGUAUAUGCUAUGACGUGUCUAACUUGACAUUUUCCCCAGAUUUAUGUCUACAGAGAUUCUUUUUAACUUCAAAGAAAAUAGAGACGACAUAGAGAUGAUAUUUUUUGAUGCUUAAAGGGAAACCCCAACACAUUGGUUUGUGACGGUGGCUUUGUGGGCAUUCCUGUGUUAGUAUGUACAGUACAUGCUGCCUGUCAGGUGUAAAAUGUGGCCUUAGGUUCAAAAUGAGUUGAUAAAGAACUAAGAUUUGCGGCUAUAUACCUGGAUACAUGUUGAGCAUAUACAGAUGCCCAAUCCAAAUAUUACACAUUAUAAAAUGGUAAAAGUCUAUGUACAUUUAUUAAAUAAAUGAAUGCUUGUGUAGUUUUUGAAAAACUUACAUAGUGAUAAUUUUGCCAUUUUCACGUUCUGUUUGUUGCAUUAUUGUACAGUUUGUACAGUCAUUUAAUUUCAGCAAAGACAUUUUUAAACACUUCAUUUUCAUUGAACUGUAAAUAUAUUUAAAUCCUUCAGUGAUUCAUUUCUGCCAUAGAGCUAUAUAUGUAUGAAUGCUAUUACUGAUUUGUUAAUGUUAAUGCAUUUUAUGUUGAAUACAGGACGCAGGUGUAAGCUUCAGUUUCAGCGCUAACGACCAUAAUGACCGUGAAGUCAUAGUGGAAGGUAUGAUGAGUGGUGUCAUUUCCGGUCCUCCAGGUAGUUUGCUGUUCAUUGACAUCCUGUUAAGAGUUCACAUGUGGCAGACAGAAAUAAAAACAUAGUAGUGAUAAAACCAGAGAGACAUGGGGCUCAGGGGCAAGAGGCAAAGACAGAGUCACUUUUGGUUUGGCAUUCGGUUAGCUUAAAUGUUGUGCUUUAAAAUGCUACACUUGUAGGAGUGACAAGUUUGCAAGACUUAUCUGCUUUCUCUCUCUCUGGCUGCCUCCUCCCGCCUGUAAAUACCUUCAGCAUCAGUGACACUGCUCUUCUCUCUGUGUCCAGGCUAUAUGAUGUAUAUGUAUGACAUUAUCAAACUACUAUGGAUGUUAAAUAACAAAGUGCUCAUGUGAUCACAAAC